CCCAAUGCUAUUUAUGUUUUCGCGCGCACUCACCAACGAUUCGAAUUUAUUUUUGUCGUAAAAAUGUUUUAAAAGUUUGCACAAAUUCAGCGUGUGAAAAAUGUUUAACUGCAAGAAAAAAUGCACGGGUAUUUCCCGUUUCGUGGAUGAAGAUGUCCGCAAAAUGCUGGAGCUAGAAAAGUUCAAACAGUGUAAUUCCAUUUCGUUCUCCAAUGUCGACGACGAUUCGCCGGUUGAAGUGUUUGGAUACGAGCUGUUUUACCUGGAUGACGAAACGUUAAGGAUUCAAACGGAGAAUGCACGGGAUUAUGCUGGGAAACUAUCGGUUGAAGCGCACCGAGAUGCUGUGGGACAUUUUGAAUGCAGAAGGCAGAUUGCCGAGCUGGGGUCAUUUCUACGAUUGAUUCUAGGCGAAGUAGACAGGCUAGAUGGGAAGGUGGUGAUGGAUUCCAUGUACCGACUGUACGAUUCCUUUCCGGAGCUGGUUACGGUAGUUGAAGGAGCGGCCAACGCGUUGAGCCAAGAGACAUAUGAUUACUUCCACGGAUUGUUGGAAUUCUGGUGGUACGGGUUGAUUAUAACAUUUGAGCUGCAACAGCGCGACACGACGUCGGAUGGGUAUGAAACCAUGUACCGAAGUCUGCUCGAAGGUUUAAUCCAACUGGCGAUGUUCAGGUAUUCGAGACUUGAAAAAAGCGACUUGCCGUUCCAUGAUCAAUUCUACUGCACAUGUGUGCGCAACAUUUGGAUCGGGAUCAUGUCUUUGAGUAUGAGUGGACGGAAGCACCUUGAUUUUUGGGAACAUAUCAACAACGCUCUGGAGUCCAUACGGAACGGAAGGCAUGAUCUGUACAGAAACUUUGCCCCACCGGCCAAUGAUUUCUUGUUCGUUGCUUGGUUCAUUAAUGGAAUCGCCUCAUUGUAUCAGUAUUGUAUAUUAGAUGUGGACACAUUCAAGGAAUCCGCUGUGAUAGUAAACCCUCCCGAUUAUACUCUGCUGGACAGAGCUGUUAAGGAAGUCACUCAUGGGGACAAGCCGGAAGACCACUUGAGGAUUCUUCUGGUGUUACUCAAGCCCAUCUAUACCAAAUGGUGGCCGGUAAAGCACGAUUUCCUAUUUUCUCUAUGGGAGUACUUCAGCAAACGUCUCAACUCACCGUUUCAAUUGGCAUCGGAACCACUCAGUAAACUGGCUUGCAUCUGCCGAUCUCCGAUUGGCCUGAUCGAACAAGCCCGUUGCCAAGCUGAUCCACAAGCAUUCGAAUGUUUAGACACCUACUCAUCCAGUUUCAAGUGCUAUCUAACGAUUAUCGCCUUCAUGGUUCGCCAUUACUCCGACAACAACCAGAAAACCAAAGUUCAAAUUCUCUUCAACCGUACCGUUCUGAAACUGGUUCCCGCCAAGAUAGAACUUCUAACAGAGCAAGGAAUCUACAACUACUCGCUGCUUAUGCUCACAGUGUUGGAGUCUACCCCAUACCAAGACGAUUACCACCGUCUAUCGAAGCAAAUGCUGCAUUUCAAGUUGGUCCAGCCGAGUUCCGCCGGAAACCUCGAUAGCACCAUUCGCCGCAUCACGAUGAUAUGCCUGGCCAAUGCCGCACUGGUCAUGCACUUCAGUCAGCGGAAUUUCGACAAGGGCGCCCAUCUGCAGCAGUUCCUGAAGGCGAUCGACGAGGCCUGGAUGAAGUACGGGAAUCGGUUGCAACCGGCGUUACACGUGUUGGCCGAUGCGAUGGGGUCCGUGUACGAUGACGUCAUCUCCGGCGGAAGGCAGUUCGGCAAAGGGGAUGAAAGGUUCGUCGGUGUUUGGGUGGAAAAGUAUCUGAACGAGUGCUCAGGUAGUGAGCGCGAUGCACUGUUUCAAAACAUCAACCGCCUGUUCCGAUGCUUACGUUUGAAGCAACCGUUCCACGUGCAACAACACAAUGAUGUCCUGCGACCGCUGUACGAGAUUGUGCUGCCUUUUGUCGAAAAAGCAUUCACCAAAGCCGAUCAACCAUGCCCAAUCAUCGCGGAGCUAGCAGCACAUUUUACUCUGUUCAGCAUUGAACAGCCAUUCGUAGAGCCGUUCUUGGCUUCUUUUUCAUUUUUCGCCGAUAAUGUCGAUGCCAAUUCCGGUCUACGGUUGAGUUACACCAAACUGAUCGUCAAAAGUGAUCGAGUCAGUGAAAUCGACGACAUGCUGAUUAUUAAAUGUUGGUUGAAAUUCGCUAUUAUAAACAGCGCUGAACAGCUCACAGAACUCUCUCAAGUGGUUCUCGGAUUGAGUGAGUUCAGAUCACUUUGUGACAUUCCGUCCCAUGAUCUUAUUGACGAAGGCGAGGAGCCGAUAGGAUUGUUUUUCAAAUUCGUCGGCAAAAAGUUUAAGGAAUGUGAAAAUAACAGUGCAAUGCAGUUCGAUCUGAAGAAUAAAAUGCACGUUUUGUUUCAACAAUUCGACAAAUGGAUCCCAAACCCCAAUGUUGCUCUACUGAAAAGAAUCCUGUCGGUUCUGGCCCUCGCGCUGAAGGAAUGUGGACCUGUGGUGUACAUAAGAAACAAUUCAACAUGCCUGUAUCAUUUGGCGGUCAAUCACUAUUUCCUACCAAUGACCGUGCUCACCGACAGGAAUGUGUCCAAUGAGUUAGUACUGGCAAUGGGCAAGAUGUGGUUCCGAAUAAUGGAUGCCAUGGGUCAAAUGGACUACGAAAUCGAUCCCGUGCUAAGUGACCAUGUUACGAAUAUGAUCGUUAAAUGGGCUCCUCAGUUCCUCAAAUUCAAAGAGAAAAAGGACAUCGCCAGACCAUAUGUAAUGUUCAUUUCGUCUUUGAAUGAGCCAUUUAUCACAUUUGCAGUCAAUAGAUAUCUGCUUUCGUAUGUGGAACUGGAUCAAAUGGGUGCCCCAAAACCAAAUGCCGAAACCGGAUUGACGUUACUGCUGUACACUCUCGAAGUUCUGCACGACAUUCAGGACAACGGAAAAAUAGCGUUUUUCAUUAGACUGACUGCUACUUCCAUCAUGGACCACGCCACAAAGUGCCACGAUGUAUAUCCUAGCAAAGCAGUAGCCGUUAACAUUAUUUUCAAAAUGCUGGAUUGUACCCGAAGCAGCUCAAAUCUCGUCAAACUGGAACUCCGAAACAGUUUGGCAUCGUAUACCAAGAGGCAUUUACCGGUGGAAACGGGCUAUUAUUUCCGUUUUAUGUCCAAGUUGGCGGAGAAAAAUCCAGAAUUCAUACAAUCCAUGACAUCAACGAUUCGAGAGGAACUCAUAGAUACGGAGCGCUUGAGAGGUGGGAAAGAAGAUAAGCAUCUUCGCAGGCUACUGUUCCAGUUGGAAGGAGCGGUGGAAGCGAGUAUCAAUAAGCAAAAGCCGUAAUUUGUUAUACGUUCAGUUGAAGAUUCCCGGAUACGUUUCUCUGUAAUUAGAAAUGGAAUAAAUACUUUUGAGCCACCCUGUUACGAUA